UCAUCUUCAACAUUUCUUCGUUACUGCUGGUUUUCCUCCUCGCCACCUUCGGCCUCGCAUGCUUCGCGUGAAGUAGUGUGUUAAAAGAGUCGCUAAAGAAGCUUCUUCACCUCCUUCGUCGACGUCGGAUCGGAAGUCAAGACGGGAGCUCUCUCUCUGCGAAGAUUAUCCCUUUCGCGCGCUUCUUCGGCCAAAUCCCGUAAAUCCGCCGAACUUCGGGAUUUAGUAAAUCCGGGCUUUACGGCAAAAAGAGGGAAACGGAUGAUCUAUUCCACCGUGAGAUUUACCGGGCGCUCAAAUCCGUUUGGCAGGAUUUAGAUCAGAGUCAGACCCGAUAUUGAACUAAGAAAUCGAGAAUUGAGAAGAGAGAAGAGAUGGGGAGAAUGGCUGUUGCUGCAAUCGUUAGCCUGUGGAUUGUUCCCGUCUCCCUAACAGUCAAUAGGAUCGUUCCAGAUCCCUACAUGGACGAAAUAUUCCAUAUACCUCAGGUGCAGCGUUAUUGCCGCGGGGACUUCAAAACCUGGGAUCCCAUGAUCACCACUCCACCUGGACUGUACUAUCUUUCACUUGCCUAUGUUGCUUCUUUGUUUCCAGGCAUGUGGUUUGCUAAGGGUAUCCAGUCACUUCCUGAACUUUGUUCCACUGCAUUUCUUCGAUCUACUAAUGCAGUCAUGGCGGUUGUGUGCAGUGUGCUUGUUUAUGAUUUGCUUAUCAGCUUAAGACCUUCGCUUGGUGAAAAGAAGGCAACAUUUUAUGCAGUUCUGAUAGCGCUGUACCCGCUUCACUGGUUCUUUACCUUCCUCUACUAUACGGAUGUUGCUUCACUAACAGCAGUUCUUGCAAUGUAUCUUGCUAGUCUGAAGAAACAGUUUUUGAUCAGUGCCAUGUUUGGGGCAAUCGCAACACUAUUUAGGCAAACAAAUGUGGUAUGGGUGGCGUUUGUUGCUGCCAGUGCAGCUAUAAGCUAUGUAGAAGACUUAUGCGAGAAGGAUCAUGUUAAUUUGAUGUAUAAGAAAUUGAAGAUUGAGAGAAAAGACGUUAUAUUUAACAAAAAUAGCAGCGCGGUUCCAACUUUAAGAAAGCGGAGGAUGGGCGCUUCAACGAAUUCCAGUCAAUUGACUAACUCCAAAGUGAUUCGUUUCCUUCCACUUUAUGAUUCAGGUUUGAUUAAUGAAAUCGUUGAGCUAGCCUUAAAGUUAUGGCGUUUAAAGUGGAAGGUUUUGGUUACCUUCUUCCCUUAUCUUCUAGUUUUGCUGGUGUUUGGAGCUCUUAUUGUCCUCAACGGAGGCAUUGUCCUUGGUGCAAAAGAAGCCCAUGUGGUUUCACCUCAUUUUCCCCAGUUUAUGUACUUUGGUCUAGCUGCGGCUGCGGCGUUAGCUCCUGCGCAUUUCACAUUAGGACAGGCUUCAACUUUAUGGCAAGCAGUAAGGAGAAACAAGAUUGGCAAUUUUAUCAACUUAUUGGCUUCUCUUGUUUUGUGCAUGAUUUUUGUGCAUUUUUUCAGUAUCGCUCAUCCUUACCUUCUUGCUGACAACCGGCACUACACCUUUUAUAUCUGGCGGAAACUCAUCCAAGCGCACCGGUCAAUGAAAUACCUUCUAGUUCCAGUUUAUUUAUAUUCCUGGUUUUCUGUAACCACUGCAUUAGGGAAGGCUCAGAAAAAAGUUUGGGUACUUUUGUUUUGCUUAGCCAAUGCCUUAGUUCUCAUCCCCACUCCUCUUAUUGAGUUCAGAUAUUACACCAUUCCAUUCUUUUUCUUGAUCUUAAAUUCUAAAAUCGAGGAAAAUAUAAAAUGGAUAGUAAUUGGAAUCUUGUACGCAUCUGUUAAUAUCAUCACAAUGUUAAUGUUUUUGUAUAGACCAUUUCAGUGGGAUCACCAACCUGGAAUCCAGAGGUUCAUAUGGUAGUUCACACCUUUCUUGGUUGCAUGGAGGAAUCUAUGAAGUGUUCGCAAUGUAUUAUUUUAAUAAAUUAUAGUCUUUUUUUUUUUAACUUUGGAUAUUAGGAAAUUGAGUGAGCUGUAAUGAACAAAGUAUUUUAUUUGAUGAUUGUAGGUUCAUGUGUGUUUUUA